UACGGUAAAAUACUAAAAGCAGGAAGUCGAUUUGAAAAAGCGCGUUCUUUUUUCCUGACAGACACAGGGGAUGACAACUACUGCCAAAAUGACAGAGAACGGUGCACAAUUGUUUGCUAGGUUGGAGGGGAGACGGUCAUUGAGGGACAUUGAACCUCACAUCUUUCCUGAUGGUGCUGGACCUAUUCAAGGUGACGUAGUGGAGUUCCAUGGCACCGAGGGAAGUGGAAAGACUGAGACCAUGUACCAUCUGGUGACCCACUGCAUCCUCCCAGCCGACCGGGGGGGCCUGGAAGUGGAAGUCAUGUACGUGGACACCGACUACCACUUUGACAUGCUGAGGCUGGUGACAGUACUGGAGCAGCGCCUGGGGGAGGACGCAAAAGGAGAGGAUAGUGGUGCGGCAGUAGAGCCUGAGGAGAGGGUGCGAGCCUGCCUAGGCCGACUCUUCGUGGUUCACUGCUCCAGCUCAGUCCAGCUGCUUCUCACACUGCACUACCUGGAGAAUACCUUCUGCAGCCGGCCCACUCUGUGCCUAUUGGUCAUCGACAGCAUCUCAGCCUUCUAUUGGGUGGACCGAAGUGGGGGAGGGGAGAGCGUGGCAAAGCAGGAAGCCAACCUCAGGAAGUGUUCAGAGCUCCUGGAUCGGCUGCUGAGAGACUACCGUAUAGUGGUGUUCGCCACCACGCACGCCAUCAUGAGGAACUACGGGCACUCGGCUCAGGCUGACUUGGCGGCCAUGACACCUGGGCCCUCUGAGCCAUCCUCAUCGUCUUCCUCCUGGAGACAGUGGUCCUCCUCUCAUGCCUCAAACUUUGACAAGGCCUACCUCAGCAGGGCCUGGCAGAGGCUAGUGACACACAGAGUGCUGUUCUCCAAAGGAGAGGUGACCAAGGACAGAAAGCAGGUGUUUUCAGCUGCAUGCACCACCACAAGUACAAGAGGCACUAAAUGCUCAUCUUUUUGUGUUAUGGAAGGGGGUGUUCAGUUUUUAUGAAGAUGUUGUUGAACUCAAUUGAUUGAAUUCUAUUCUGAUUCUGGAUGUGUUAAACUGAUAUUAGAUGCUACAGCAACUUUUAGUGAUUUUAUUUCUUACAUUUGUUGGAUUAUUUUAAUCCACCAAAUGUGGAUGCUAUUAUGUUUUAUGUUUGUGUCAUUUGUAAAAUAAUAAAUCAAUACGAAAUAAGUAAGAUAGGGCAACUGUUUCAGAGGUUGCAAAUGUUUUGGAACACUGAAUACUUUUGAAUAACUGUAUGCUUUAGAAGAAAACAUUCUUAAACCCUGUUUUUGCUUUGUCAUUAUGGGGAAUUUUGUGAUGGUUGAUGAGGGGGAAAAAACUAUUUAAUACAUUUUAGAAUACGGUGUAACUUAACAAAAUUAGGAAAAAGUCAAGGGGUCUCAAUACUUUCAUACACUGUACAUUCAGUGUCUUCAGAAAGUAUUCACACCCCUUGACUUAUUCCACAUGUUGUGUUACAGCCUGAAUUUAAGAUUUUAAAAAAUCUCAC